CAGAUUGAUUAAUAAAUUGGAUUUGUUUUCUUUUAUAUCUGCCGACAAAAAACUGAGGGCCAUAAAGGGGGCACUGACACAGAAUUGUGACACCAAGGUUUGGUCUUCUUCCUCUUCUCAUCUCUCUUGAGAAUUCAAAAAAAUACAUUGACGGACAUGGAUGUUUGCCGGAAUGCAUCUGUUGCCGGCGACUGCGAACAAGAACAAGUCAUCUUGUCUUCCUGCCCAAAGCUUUCUGCCUUCUCAACCACUCUGGACGACCUCUUCUCUUCUCAUAACACGGAAGUGGAUGUUGGCUUAGAAUGGCUUUCUGUAUUUGUGGAAGACUGUUUUUCCAGCCCAGCAUGUUGCCUCUUGGCACCUACUGAUGUUCAAAACACAGAGGCAAACUCUAAACCCUCCGUACAAUUACAGAGAACCCAGCAAAAGCAGUCUCCUCUGCAAAAUUUUGUGGUGCCAGGAAAGGCAAGAAGCAAGAGGAAAAGGCUUUCAGCCCCUAGAACCAAGGGCCCAUUAGGCAGCUGGUCACGCCAUUUGAACCCACAAAAUGAACCCAUAACUUCAGACCCUCCUCUUCUUAAACAGGCCUACUGGUUAGCUGAUAGUGAACUCAUGGUACCCAAGAAGGAAGAUGAGCAAGUAGCAGCAAAGGAUGGAGAAGCAGAGCGAGAGGUGGAAGAGAAGAGAACUGUGAGGAAGAAGGAGAGUUUUGAAAGAUUAGUCCCAGAGUGUGAAGAAGGCAGCAAUGGGCAGAAUCAAAUGCCGAGAAGGUGUACCCAUUGCCUUUCACAGAGGACCCCACAAUGGAGGGCCGGACCAUUGGGUCCAAAAACACUAUGUAAUGCAUGUGGAGUGAGAUACAAGUCCGGUAGAUUGCUUCCAGAAUAUAGGCCAGCCAAGAGUCCUACUUUUGUAAGCUACUUGCACUCCAAUUCCCACAAAAAGGUCAUGGAGAUGAGAAUGGCUGUUCUGUCUUCUGUUUCUAGUGAGGACUAAUUGUUAUCAUUAUGAUAUGUUUUCUUGUAAAUCAAACUUCAGAAUUCAGGAAACAGGCAUAUUAUAUUGGUUAGUACCUAAUUUCAUGUCAUCCUUUUUUCUGAGCUUCGUGCUAUGCACUUUAA